UGAGGAACGCGGACCCCGCCCUCGCCCCUUGCUGUGAGGGUAUCUGGGUGCUAACUUGCGUUUUGGGUCUUACAGUCUUGUAACGAGGUAAUAACAUCCCUGAGAUUAUCCAAGGGAAUCUCGGCUUCCCGAAUGUGCGUUAGGGAGGUACUAAAUAUAAUAGUCGAGUACAUUUGACCCCGUUUUACCACCAUCCUCAAAUUCCUUUGCUACCGACACUAAUAAUGAAAUCUUAGCUGUCAUUGCUCUAGGAGCACUAAAAAACUGAGCUAAUUGAAAUGAUGAAAUAAACUUACCCUUGGGUAAGUUUGUAAAGAUGUUGCAGAAAAUAAUAAUGGAGACAGUGUUAAAAAGUUAAUAUUUUUUUUUUUCAUGAAGGCAAAAAUCAAGGAAAAUAUCAUUUUUUGAAUUUUCAAAACACUUAAAGGAGCAGGCCAGUGAAGUCAUCGGCAGGAAAAAAAUCAAGGUAGUAAAUACUGAGGCUAUUUAGAGCUUAAAUAUAAAGACUUUGGAAUUUGUGUUGCAGUGAGUGGAGGGUGGCAAACGUUCUUAAGGAGUAAAAAGAAAACCUAAAAGAUUUGGAAAAUGGUCUUGAUUGGCAAAGAAGUGGUUAGCUUGGAAGCAGAAAGUGUCAGAGUAUGUUAGCUGUUGCUAAAGAAACAUGAAGGUUAAUCUUACAGAAACUAAGAAAGGCCAGGGAAGGAGUUGAGAUGGUUUGUGCUUAGCAUGGGUAAGUGGAACUAUGUACCAACAACUUUCCUUUAGUUUGCAACACAAAAGGGAAGAUCUAACUCUAGCCAAGGAAGAAAAUAUUUUUUAAAAAGUGAUCCAGACAAUGUAAUUGCAUUAGUUUGCUUGGCAUCAACAGUCUGCCUGGCUCUGGGAUGGGACUUGGGAAUGGUGGAUGGGACAAAGGAAACUCUUUACCAAAGUUACUGGAUAGGGUACACAGAGAUUUUUUUUUAGGAAAAGAGAGCUGGAGACUUGACUGCUUUAUGUUACCUCUAGUUGUUCUGAACUUUAAAGAAGCAAUUGAUGUUGCUGCUUGGGAAAUACUUGCUCAGUGGGAGAUGGACACUGGCAGGAAAGGAACACGGAGGGGUUGGGCUAAGGGUUUGAGUGAGGUAGGAGAGGUUCAUAUACUUCUUGAAGAAUCCAUCAGUCUUAUGGCUGAAUCAGUCUUUAAGGCCUAUUGGCUCUUAUGGGGCAUUUCUUUCAGGUGCAGUGCUCAACAUUCCACCUCUUCUGUGCCAUUAAAAUGCACCUGUGAUGCCACAAUGGCAAUCACUGGCCCCUGCCUUCUAUCACUAUUCAGCAGUAGAUACUAAAGCAUUUCACUAAGUUCCAUGAUAAUUAUUACUCUUAUUAUAUAGAGAGGGUAUUUGAAGCAUAGGGAGUAAGAGGUGAGAGGCAUUAUUAGAAAUGAAGCACAGAAAUUAAACUCAGCUUCUUGAUCUUAAGCAUGGUUUUGUGUGUGAAGGAUUGUCACACAUUCCUAGGCCCAAGUAAGUAUGAAGAUGUGAGCUGUGUUAAGUGACCUCAGAAAGAAAAAAAGGGUAUAGAUAGCUCAGCAGGUUUUCUAAGUGUAGUUUUUUCUAAAGGAAUUUAUGAAGGUAUGCAUAAAACAGCAAUUAGGAGAAUAGAACAGUAAAUGAAAAUUAUGUAAACUUUCUAGAAUUGGCAAUAUAAUAUUUUAUGGAGUUCAUCUUUCUGCCCUCCCCUCCUCCACACCUCAGCAUGAUCCUUUUAGGCUCCUUCAGACAGAUUUGGAGUUACAGAGAAAUAAUUUUCUAGCUGACACUCUUUCCUUAGCAUUUGCAUUUCAAAAUUUUUGUCAGUAUUGCUGGAAGAGAAUAAAGGAACAGCAUUAGGAGUCCUUUAGGUUAAAAAACAUGCAGGAUUUAAGAUGUCCUGUAGUAAUUAAAGUUUAUCUGUGUUUCAUAACAUGAUGGCAGUGCAAUGUCAGGCUUUUUGGUACAGUGUGACAGCAGCUCAGUUGAUGGGUAUUAAAAUAGGUUCUUGUGCCUGCACACACACACACACACACACACACACAGAGUUUGUUGUUGCAAGAUACAAAUCUGUAAUCUUAAUUUAGGCUCUGCAUUCAUUUGGAAGAGAAGCCAGUGACUUGGAAUCUAAACUUGUACAGCUUUUAAAAUUAGGCAGUUUGCCUUUGCUCUCCCAAAACCACAACCACCACAAGAAAAAUCCUGUUUGUGUGCUUGCCUUGACCUUGAAAUGGUGUGGUGAGCAAGGCCAGUGUGGGCCCGCUGCUCUGCAGUGCCGAGGGAUGGUAGCAGUAGUAGCACUGAUCUCACAGGACCUUUACUUGCUCCAAAGGCUCUUCAAGCAAAAUGUGCACAUAGCAUUAUAUAAAGACAAGGUAAUGAAAGCAAUAUUGUUUUAUUAUGUGCAGUCUACCCUUUUUCAUUUGGAAUGAGGAAGGUUGAGUAAACAUUCUAUACUCAUGUUGAGCUAUUGAAAAACAGAAAUGCUAGAGCUUGGCCUUUGCAGUCCUUAUGUUUGCAGAAUUAAGACCUCUGUUAGGCAAGAAUUCUAAACCAAAUAUAAAUUGUUGGAAAGGUUGGAAAGGUGAGUCAUGAAAGGACACAGUGAAGGAGAAAUGAAGUUUUGGAAGAGUUGGGUUUUAUUGAAAGUCUUGCAGUUUUUCCGUGAAACUAAUUUUCAGAAGAUACUAGUAGUGAGUCACAGAGAGGCUGUGAGGUCAGCACUGGAACAGAUGGUGAAAUCUGAGGGGUAAAUGAAAGAGCAGAGAAAACAGCUUUGUAGUUGUUGAUGGGAGAGAAUUCAAAUUAUGGGUGGAGGUUAUGCUUCAAUAUGUACAAAAAUCUUGAAACUUGUGUCCUGAAAUGCAGAUAUUUUUGGUGUCAGGUACUGUGGUGGUAUAAAGACAGGUGGUGAGGAAGAGUGUCAUAUCUGGGGGAACUGUGCUAUCAGUUCAGAGAAUUAAUUUAAGGCUGAUUUAGAGGAAGACUGACUAUGUCACAUCUACAUUAUCUGAAGUUUGUUUAUCAAGUCUGCUGCCCGCAGUUUAGCAGCUAAUGAUUCGACUUAAUUUGUGUUUGCUGCAAGCUGGGUACUGUAAACACUGCCACAGAAUUAAAUGAAAAGUUUAAUAAGUGCAAUACAUUGACAAAUCAAUAUUUUUCUGUUUCAAGGGAUUUCUGUGAACAGCCAUGGAAGAAUAAAAGGAUUUGAAAGCUACAUCCUAGAGAAAUUUGUGUAGUUUUUGUUGCACAGAGAAAUGCUGAAAUUUCAAGAAACUGCUAAGCAUGUCACUGUUGGCAGAUUUAAUUCUGCUUGCUCAGAUGCUGUGAUUGCAAGAAGAUACACUAUUCAGAGGAAACUUGGCAAUGGAAGCUUUGGAAGUGUGUACUUGGUUAAUGACAGAAAAGCAAAACAAGGAGAAUUAAAGGUCCUAAAGGAAAUCUCUGUUGGAAACCUAAAGCCUAAUGAAACAGUUGAAGCAAAUCUGGAAGCACAACUACUUUCCAAAUUAAACCAUCCAGCCAUUGUCAAAUUUUAUGCAAGCUUUGUGGAGCGAGAUAGUUUCUGCAUUAUCACUGAAUAUUGUGAGGGUGGAGAUCUAGACUUUAAAAUUCAAGAGCACAAAGAUUCUGGGAAGAUGUUCACUCAAAGUCAAGUAAUAGACUGGUUUAUACAGUUGUUACUCGGAGCCGACUAUAUGCAUGAAACACGGAUACUUCACAGGGAUUUGAAAACCAAGAAUAUAUUUUUGAAAGAUAAUCUUCUUAAAAUUGGAGACUUUGGAGUUUCUUGUCUUUUGAUGGGUUCAUGUGAUCUUGCAACUACUUUUACUGGGACACCAUACUACAUGAGUCCAGAAGUACUGAAGCACCAGGGAUAUAAUACAAAAUCUGACAUUUGGUCUCUGGGAUGCAUUUUAUAUGAGAUGGGCUGUAUGAACCAUGCAUUUCCUGGACAGAAUUUUUUAUCUGUUGUGUUAAAAAUUGUGGAAGGUGAAACACCUUCUCUUCCUGAUAGAUAUCCAAGCAAACUGAAUGCUGUGCUAUGCAGCAUGUUAAGUAAGAAUCCUUCAUUGAGACCAGCAGCAUCAGAGAUCCUAAAAUCCCCUUAUAUUGAUGAACAACUCAAGAAAAUACAGUACAAGUUCACAAAUGUGACUGUGAAAGACAAGGCACUUAACUGGUGGAAAGAAACUGCUCCCAUUUUUGGUGCUAUGCAGAAGAAAGUUCAUUUGCAAACUCUGCAGGAACUUUCUGAAGUACAGAAAAUGACACCGCGGGAACGAAUGCGGCUGAGGAAGUUAAAUGCUGCAGAUGAGAAAGCAAAGAAGUUGAAGCGGCUGGCAGAAGAAAAAUAUCAAGAAAAUAUCAAAAGAAUGCAAGAAUUCAGGUCCCAUAAUUUUCAGCAGCUGAAUGUCAAUGUCCUACACGAAUUUGAUGAGCAGACUUCAAAACCCCUCAUUCAUUCUCAGCCAGCCACUACAUGCGACUGUGUGUCCGCAGGACAUGAUGAACCAAGUGGAAACGAGACAAGUGAACUUGGCAUGUCUGAACUUACAGGCCACGAGAUCCCUGAAGAUCCAGAAAUUGCAGAAGAAUAUUAUAAAGAUGAGUUUGAAUCCUGUUCAGAAGACAGUGAAGAGGAGGAAGAUGCAGAAUUGUCAUGGAUGCCCUCUAAGACAAAUCACCAGGACAGUGAUAUGGACGCAAUGGUUAAGUAUUUGGAGAGUGUCCUGAAUAACAGCUCAUUGGGCUCGACGACUGUCACCGGAGUGUCUCCAGGGGUGCCCCAGGGAUUCAGAGCCCUCAACAGUGCAAUGGCUGAGACCAAGCUGAAACGCAUGAGGGAAUCUGCCAUUGAGAAGCUGGGAGUGGAGGCAUUUGAGGCCGUGUACAGCUGUCUCAAGCAAGCGAGACAGCAGAAUGCCAGUGAGGAGGAGAUCAGGAGGUGUUUGGAGAAACUGGUGUCUAGAGCAAGUGAUUGCUUUGAAGUGGAUCAGCUGCUGUACUUCGAGGAACAGCUACAGGCUUCAGAGCCACAUCUUCAGCUGUAACAGUGUGUCAGCAGCAGCUGGAAAUGGCACAGAGGGGGAAGGGGCCUCCUUCAGGCCAGCAGGCAAGUACAGGUGGUGUUUGGGGGACACUGCUGA